CCAGCUCUUCAUCGAGGUGAAUUCAAGAAACCAAGACGACCCUUUAAGAGUGACUCUUCAGUAACCUCUGGAACUGAAAGUUUAGAAGCAAGGACAACAUUAUCGUUCGACACCAGGGAGAGCAGAUGUAACAGUAAAUCAACACUUGCUAGAAGUCAGUCUGAAGUGACAACUGCCAUUGAACUUAAAAACAUUUCAUGUGGGCUGGCAACUGAAACUGAUCCAGUCAUAGUGCCAGUUCGAAAUUACAUUGAUGAGGAUUCAAAAAUUGUUUCCAAUGAAAGUAUAGUUGUUGAUGAACAGGAUCCUAGCGCUGGAAAUGUUUUGGAAAGCUGGAGAGAAAGGAAACUGCUAAGCACAGACAACUCCUGGGAAGACCAGAAUGGGGAGAGAUCAGUAAGGCAAAACUGGAGGGAAAGAAAACUCCCAUUUAGUACAGCUGUUGAUUCUGACUCCCAAGAGCAAAAGAAUGGUCCAAGUUCAGUUAUGCAAAACUGGAGGGAACGACCAUCAGUAGACUUGAAAGAGUCAGAAAGCAAUCAUUCCAGUAACACAUCCAAUGAUAACUGGAACGAAAGAAAACUCUCAUUUAGUACUGUUGACUGUGAUUCCCAAGAGCACAAGAAUGGUCCAAGUUCAAUGACACAAAAUUGGAGGGAACGACCAUCAGCUGACUUGAAAGAAUCAGAAAGCAAUCAUUCUAAUAAUGCAUCCAGUGAAAUCUGGAGAGUGAGAAACUCUGACAAUUCAGGUGACGUUUGGAGCAAAGGUUCACAUCACCAGAAUUGGCGGGAUAGGAAAUCAAUCAGUGUAGAUGAGUCUUGGAAAGAUGCUGCAUGUAAUCCUUCAUUUGGUGGAAGAUCUAAAAGGCACAGCACUGGUGAUAUCCAGCUUGUAAGGCAGGAUUCUAAUGAGAAAGGAAAACACUCUUCAGGUGGUGGUUUUGGGCUUCCUAAACCCACAGGACAAGAUGAUCAGACAUUGACCCCAAGUGAUGAACUUCCUUUACAAGAACUUCAUGAGGUUCAAAUAACAGAGGAGGAAAGCCAAGGUCUUAAAGGGUGGAAAUUGGGUGAAAUCAAGUAUGACACUGGCUGUAAAAUAUUUCAUAAUAGAGACAAGUGUGUAAUUGAAAUAAGAGGUGACCCUCAACAGUGCAAGGUUGCAAAAAAUAGAGUGUACAGUGUUAUUGCUGCAGUCCAAGAAGAGUUUGGUGCCCUUGUUCCACUCUCAGAUGAGGUUAUUGAGCAUCUUCAAAUGGAAGGUUGCAAUAUGCUGGCUGAACGACUGGCAUUGUUUUCAGGAGCUAGUGUCAAAAUGAUUAAUGACACACAACUCUUCAUAUCAGGUCACCGUACCUGUGUGAACCUUGCAAAGGCACAGCUUGCCAAGAUUAAGGUCAUGCUGAGAUACACAGACGACCCAGAUGUGCAAAGCCCAAGCCAACAGAACAACAGCGAGGAGAAGUAUCAAGUUGUGGAGAAACUGUUUGCAGCACUGGAAGGAAGACCCAGACGUGCAACAGAUCCUGGCUGUACAGACCAAGCCACCAUGGAAGAAAGCUUAUCCAGAGAUUUCUUACUUAGUUGUGCCUUAUCGCCAGCAGCCAGGCAACGCCCUGCUAGUCUUAGCUUAGACAGAACAGAAGAUUGGGUCAAGGACAUUGUCUUGGUUAAUGGGAGGAGAGGGGAACAGGCAGUUCUUGAGAGGAAAGGUUUUGGAUUACCCACAUUCGAUUCCAGGCCACCAUCAAAUUAAACCAUACAUACCUUGCUACAAUUCUUGCUCGAACGUUAGAACUUAUUGGACAUUUUAUUGAAUUAUGUUGUGUUUUGAAGACAAGCAGCUUGUUGGAUUACGAGAGAAAGGGACUCUUGGAAAGUGCGUGCUUUAAUUUGAUUAUCCUGCACGACAGAAAAAAUUGUUUUGGGACGAACUUUAAACUUGUAUUUUUGUGGGGGUGGGGGUAGUCUGGGAGGUAGAUUAGAUAUUUAUCUCAACGACGAAGUGUACAUUCUGGUGGCUGGACCAUUCGUGCAUACCCCUUCCCCUUCUAAAUGUUUAUUUUCCUUCCCUAAUUAUGAUUGAACAGAAUUACAAAAUUGAAGAAAAUUUUAUUUCGCCCAGCAUUUUCCAUGGGCAUACAAAUUUGAAAUGACUGUUUAGAAUUUGUUCCAGUUGUUUGAUGUGAAUAAAAUGUGCGAAUCAACAUGUGACGUUUUGUAAGUAAGCCUCUCGUGAUGUUUAUGGUUGGAGGAAGGAAGGCUGGUUUGAACAAGUCCUUACUCUGUACAAGCACUGAAAAGACCGAGGUGUUAAGACGAAAUCCGACAGGAAAUCGAGCAAUUUCAGUUUUUAGGGGACAAAAACCUUGUA